CUAACACGGUCCACAAUCAGAUUAACACUUUGCACGUGACCGCGUAUCUGCCUCGUGUUCGUUCAUGGUUCGAGUCUUCACAAAGAGUUUUGUGACUUUCCCUUCGUUUCCUCAAGUUUGACAUCGUCGCCGCCGCCGCCGCCACCGACGACGACGACUCUCUUUUUGUCGGCGUUCAUUCUCUAUCCUCGACGUCCUAGCUUUUCCCGACAUAGAUGAUCUCCUCAACAUCACCACCAACUAUAUUGCCCGCUCAUCGCGAGCACCGUGUCUCGCCACCACAAACACCACCAAUGAUAGCAUUUGAUGACUCAAAGAUUCUUAGUCGUCGGGCAUCAACUUCACCAUCUGAUGAGUCAUCGAUCAUCGAGCUCUCAUUCGACUACGAGCUCGAUUCCGCGGGCAACUAUGUCCGCGUAUCCAAAGGUUCAUCAAGGUCUAAUCUUUCGAGUCCUCCAACACCAAAUGAUGCUCUGCUUGACGGUGCUAUUAAGCCUUCGUCUUCUUCCCCACCCCAGGGGACCUCUAUUCCCUAUGCGUACACUAAACCUCCUUCACCUAUAUUACUCAAUUCUCCAAUACCAUCGCGACGUAACUCUCUCUCGCGGUCAGAGAACGCCUUUCCGCUACUUCAAAGCGGGAGUGGGACUGAAUCACUGCCACUUGCAGCUCAGCACCGAGCUCAGUCAUCAGCUACAGGCAACUCCGCUCGUUCAUUCCAACGGGUCGCGUCCGUACCUGCCACAUUGACUCCAGCUGCCCCUCAACCAGCAUUACGUGCACCAUUGUCGAGUGGCCUUGCUGGGACUGGUCGAAAAAUUGGGCGUCCCCAGCGCGUGCCUCGAGAUGAAUACCGUGAACAACCUCCACUCACGCUGGAUGAGCAGGAGGAGCUGCGAGUGCAGGAAGAGAAAGAAAAUCUAAUAACUAUUCUUGAUGGGGACGGCCUGCCGUCAGAUGGCGCCGUCUCCAAACGAACAUCCCCGCGAUUGACCGCUCGUUCGGCAUCUGUGAGUCAACUCGACGGACGGGCAAUUUCUAGCCUCCCCACACGCGCAUAUGGAUCAUCCGCAGGCGCACGCCAGCCGCUACAGCCUGGCCGGCAGAUCAUGCCUGGGCCCAAUCGCGCGGGACGGGUAUUGAUGGGUAUGGCUGUCAAGUAUGGCGUGGGUUCGGGUGGGUUCGACAAGAUUAAUGAGAAUGAAGGCAGUGAGAAUGAGUUUGCUACCGAGCAUGCCUAUGAUGAGACUGAUCCCAACGUAGAUGAACCACAGCCCGGAAAUGGCAUGCUUCGCCAUCGCAAUUAUGUCGCUCCUCCUACUCUAUCGAGCGGUACGCGACCUCGCCGUUCAGCUAGUUUGAGUGAUGCCUCUGGAGAAGACCGACUAUCUCCGCGCCUGCUCCCAAGCCAAAAUCAACAGCAACACGCCCCACGCCCAGGGUCCAGUCUGGGCCUCAACUCAGCGCGCAUCAGACGCGUGACGUCCGAGCAAGAUGAGUAUGCAGCAGAAUAUGCCCGCCGCGCAGCGGAAGAGGCACCUGAACCUUUCCCUCAACCCCAACCCCGCCAAUCGCCCUCUCCGACACAUAUGUCCCAGGUGCACAUACGCACCCAGACGCACCAUCGGCGCGACUCGGACACUGUCCGCUCCCUCGCGAUCAAUAACCCGCCCACAGCAGCCUCACCCACAGUGGCCGAUCGAAAUCCAGGUAGACUGUCUCCGUCCACGCGAAAUGUAUCAUCGUCACAGCUACAGGUACAUGGACAGGCCUAUCAUCGGCGAAAUCCUACAGCACCCGAGCCACCAACUACAAGUGGGUCGUUAGCGCCGCCGCCUAGUUCUGGCAAAUCGAAGAAUGGGAAGACGUGGGCUGCAGGGGACGAGCCUGCGGAUAGCGAGCCUGAGGCCAAAACUGCGUCGCGAGUGCGGCAGGCACCCCCUCCACCCGCACCAGCGCCUGCUCCUGCUCCCGUCCGGAAUCACAACAUUGUUGUGAACAAGAAAGUGUAUGCACGACUCGAUCUGAUUGGGAAAGGCGGAUCGUCUCGCGUAUAUCGCGUGAUGAAUGCGAACAACGAGAUCUAUGCUAUCAAGCGCGUGUCACUGGACAAGACGGACGCAGAAACUAUGAGCGGAUACAUGAAUGAGAUCGGGCUGCUCAAGCGGCUUGAAGGAAACAAUCGAAUCAUUCAGCUAUUUGAUAGUGAGGUGAAGGCGGGACCUGGAGGGACAAAAGGGCAUCUGAUGCUCGUGAUGGAAUGUGGAGAGGUUGAUCUGGCAAAGCUACUGCAGGAGCAGCAGAAGGAACCGAUGAAUAUGGUUUGGAUAUCCUAUUAUUGGCAGCAGAUGCUUCAAGCCGUUCACGUCAUCCACGAGGAAAAGAUUGUUCAUUCGGAUCUGAAGCCCGCAAAUUUCGUUCUUGUGAGGGGCCAGCUGAAGCUUAUUGAUUUCGGUAUUGCGAAUGCCAUCGCAAAUGAUACUACUAACAUCCAGCGAGAUCAUCAGAUCGGAACUGUUAAUUACAUGUCCCCCGAAGCCAUUGAACUUCCCGACGGCAUGCGGCGGCUCAAAGUUGGACGAGCCAGUGACGUCUGGUCUCUCGGGUGCAUUCUCUACCAGAUGGUUUAUGGUCACCCACCGUUCCAACAUCUUUCUGUAUAUCAAAAGAUGAAGGCUAUCCCGGACUUAGCUCACGUCAUUGAGUAUCCGGGCUGCAGCAUACCCACUGUUGUGAACAAGGCAGGCGAACGCAAAAAGCUCGAGCAUCUACAACAACCUGUCAGAGCGGACGUUAUUCAGGGCAUCAAAAGCUGCUUGAUGCGAAAUUCAAAAGAACGGGCUACGAUUCCUGAGUUGCUUGAGCAGGAAUGGUUGGCGAUGAAAGAACCUGAGGUCCCACUAGCGAAGCCCCAGCUAGCACAAGACGAGACCGUCAUCAAUCCCUACUACAUGAAGCAGCUGCUUGAGUAUGGUAUUAAACUGGGCCAGCAAGCUCAAAGUGGCGCUAUAGAUCAGGAAUAUCUCGCCAAAGAAGCAGAGCGCUUGGUUGCAGAGCUUAAAGCCCUUGAGUCGUGAUAUCUCCACGUCAUGACUUCUCCACUGAACUCAAUUCUCAAUCUUUCAACAUAGCAUACUGUAUUCGUCAACGUAGUCAUCUUUCAUUGCACACCGCCAUGUCUUUGUAUGAAAACGUCCUUCAAGAACAGUUCUCCCAACGACUUGUAUGUACGCCUACGCUAUGCCUUCCCAUGUACUCCUCGCUCUAGACCUUUCGCUUGCCUUUCCUCCCUCGCAUUCAUACUUUUAGCAUUCUACACGCUCGCUAUUCUAGCUGUGAACCUGCAAUUGCAUAUCAUUUCUCUAUUUUGGUUCGUUCUGCAUGCAUGUGGGAGGAUUCUUGGCAAGCGUUCAGGUGAUACGGCUUGUAUAUAUAAUUUCCGUAUCACGUUGUAGGUAUAAUGUACAAUACUAUUU